AUGAAGACGACUCACUCACUCUACCGUGGCAACAUUCAGACAGCCUUUGUCGUUGUUGAGUACCUCAAGGCCAACCCCGACAUGAUCAACCCAUCGACACCACCUCUUCAAUCAAAGAACGUGUCUGUUGCUGUUCGUAACUCAGAAGAGUUUGAUUAA